ACAGCGCCUAUACAAAAUUGACAAAAAGUGGCUCCGACUGCAGAUAAUUUAGCGAUUUUGACUCCAGCUUCUCAGAUUUGUCGAUUCCAACUCCAACGCACCAAAAAGACCCGACUCCACCGGUUCCGACCCCUUAGCACUGAUAUAUAAUUAAAUAAAUAAAAUAAAAUUAGGCAAUAAAAUACAAAAUAAGUCAGUAAGUUCAGACAAAACAAAAUUUAAUUAUUGAAUUUUGUUACGUUUGUUUUUUUUUUAAUAAGUUUUUUUGUCAUGUAUAUGUGAAAAACCCAGCAAGAUUGUUUUAUAUAUAAGCUUGUUCUAAAAAAAACUUGAAUACUGUGAAAACUAGAUUGUAAAUUUUCUCCGUGUACUCACUCGCCGAUAUUUGCCACCUGGGAAACACAUUGAAAACAUGGCAAGUGAAAUUAUUUUCUUGCGGAAUUGCUGCGGAAGCUUCGGCACUGGCAGCUGUCACACAUACAUUAGCAAAUCAAAGACCUACAACGCCUACAACGCUUCGUGCAGGAAGCUGGACAUUUUCUUCGAUCGCUCACAGAAGAAGCACGUUAAAUCCAAAAAAGGGCGCUUGUGAAUGGGAUUAUUGGUGCCGUGGAUCGUUUAGCUGGAGCAGAAAUCAACAGCGGGAGAUUGGAUUGCGCCAGGUCAUUGGCGGUUGAGCACGUGCCGCUAGUCGAUGAUUGGCCAAGUAUCGAUUCAACGGUGAGCGGGCGGUCCAGAAAUUCAGCGAGAAGGGAACGCGGAACAUUUCGGCUUCACCGUCUGGGAUACGUGAACCUGAUACCCUGGUUGGCAAGUGUCCGUGUAGAUCCGGCAAUCAUCUCGCUGAGUGCGGCUGCUGUACGUGAAGGAAUCGGUACACGUUCUCGGACACGAGCAUAGUACGAUAGCAGAAACUCGGUGUGUUGUCAGAUCGCUAAGCGCGGAGUACCUGGCAAGACGUGGAUACAACCACCAUCCGCGAGGUCGAUGCCACUUUGCAAUACCACAAAGACCCUCACAGAGGGUCUUUUUGGAGUGCUGAUUCGACGAUAACACAUCCGAGCGUACCGCUCGCUGCAGGAGAACCUACUGCUUGGAUAAGUGUAGACUUUCAACGAGUGAACUUACUCAUCUAGUUCUCGACGUCCAAACCAGCUGGAACUGGGUUAGAACCUCGUUGAACCGCAUGUGUGUGAGUGCCAAGGGUUAGUGCUGGUUGUACGCCGUGUCAGAAAAGACCUGUGGGAAGAUCAGCGGCGAAUCGAGCAUGAGCAGUCCUACCGGCGAAUAUCAGUGGAGAGCUGCCAGAGUAAAGAUCGUGCGCAUGCUAGACGAAACAUCCCGGCCGCAUCCAGUACCAGAAGAAGCAGGCAGAAGCAUAAGGCAAGCGGGGCGAGUGAGGCGAAACAGUGAGUGCUAGUUGUAUAAGAACAGGGUGCACCCAUGAAGAUUAGCAUAAGCAAACAAUUAAGGCUAAAGGCCGUACACAUUUUGUUAGUUUAAGAGCAAAUUCGCCAAUUUGGGCAGUUUAAUAUAAACAUGCAUAAAAACUAGUUGUUGGUUGGUAAUUUCUUAUCGAGCAGCCGGAGAUGAAAAGCUCUCGUUACAAUUUAUACUGGUAUAACGCUACCAAACUAUAAUAACAAUUUUUUAUAAUGAAAAAUUCGGAAGAAACAGGAAGAAACACUUUUUAAAAGUAAUUUCCAUAAAAAGGCACAAGUUAACAAAUUAGCAAAUUACCCCGAAACAGUAUUUAUGAUGUGCGAUAUCAGGGUAAUUCAUCCGUUCCAGACUGUCAAAAUUCCAAAACGUCAACGCGUCCGCCGCCAUUCUUCGGUACGCAGCUUUUGUUCCUGUAUGACGUUUCGAGGCGAGGCCCUGGAAAAUCCCAAGCAAGUGUGUUAAAGUGAACUCAUAAUGUAAUGCUGAUUCUCACAGUGGAACGCUAGGGCUAGACGUUUGCCGCGCAAACUUUUUAUUUUGCGAAAAAAUUGAAACAAAGAGGGAAGAAAUUACAGCUACUCGAACGAAUUAAAUGAUUGAUUUUUGCCAAUACACGAAAUGGACCAAAAAAGCGAAUCGAUUCCAAUCGCUGUAAAGAUAGAACGUGAAGGAAAGUUGCUGAAGCAAGCAAUAAUCGCUGUUGGUACCGAUUCAACAUUUACAAGUGUUAUCCAGCGGGCUCUGGAACAGAUUCAAAGCGUUUUUGCUGGGGUCGAAUCAUUUGAUCAAAGCGACCUUUUCAACAUUCCAGCACAGAACACCUUGUCGAACUGCGUCGCUGCUUUGGGCGGAUGUUCAAAAGUGCUCUGCAUCCUCGUACCGGAAAUUCCGGAACGACCUCCGGUAAAGAAUGCGCUUGCGAAUUUAAUGAAAAAUGCGGCGAUGGUCAAGCUUCCAGAAGAAAAGGCCGAGAACGAUGGGCGCUCCUGCAUCCACAAUCGAGUUGUGCAAUACCUUCGGGAACAAAGCAUUGGAUUUAGACCGUUUCAGAAAAACGAGAUGGAUGCUUUCAUGACUACCGUCGGUUCUACGUUAUGGCAGCUGGACGGAAGCUGGCACAAAUUUCACACGGCGUCAAACGUACAAGCUCUCCCAGAAUCGCUACAUUUUGUCCCAGAAGGCCAUCAUAUCGCAUUCUACAUCACGGAAACCACAAGAAAAAGUGCACUCCCCAAAUAAAAUCGGACGAACUGUUGGUCAAUUACGAACGCCUCGAACUCUUGACAACAAAACGCUAUCUGCAGGCCGAAGGCUGGAAACCGGUUUUACGUGAUAUUCAACAGCUGAAAGAUUCUAUUGGUGACUAUCUUCGCCACGUUUUUAGAGCCUGUGAUGUUAAGUCCGCUCCAUCAUGUGAUUUGGAGAAAGUAGAUGUUGAAAACCGCGUCCUAAAAGUGGUCCUCCCCGUCCAUCAGCGAGAUGAAAGUGUUAAGCUGCGUUACAAGGACCUGGAAAAACGUCUUUUGGAUGUCCCUACUUACACCGAGUUGAAUAUGAUUUUUGUCACACCGAUUGAACGCAGGAUGAAGCACAAAUAUAUUAUUAGACUCCAGCUGGGAUUUGCAGUUCAUCUGUAUCGUACGUAUUCCCCAAAUGCGACGUUUGUGUGGAGGAUUGAUCUGAGCGAUAGUGACGUAAACUCUGCGUUGGUUGUGGCGAGAAUUGAGAAGAACCUGUUUGAACGAGUUAUGGCUGAUAAGCUUAAAAAGCUGGAAGAAACCUUCGGAGGAACCGCCAACUGGACUGAGUCGAAAGUUCUAGAACUCGUCUCGGCAGCGCAAGAGGAUGAUUCUCCACCGAACGGUGCCACCCAAGCAGGCUAUAAACUGCUGCUUGACGAAGGCUAUGGAGUUUCGGAGGCCGUUGAGCUGGAGAAAGAUGCAGUAGCAUGCUCAACGGGAAAGUUCUCAAACUUCUGGGACUCCGUUUCGAAGGUUCUGGCGGCCGACGACUUAACUGUCGCUGAGGAACGGCGACAUGGCGAGACAAGCUGGAUUUCUCCUCUGUGUGUGUCGCUGAGCGAUCUUAUGCGGAAAUGUGAGGUUGAAAUGGAACGCAGUUUCCCUAAUUCGCCGAUGAACUUCAUUCCGUCUUACGAGUACUUUAGGCUCCAGUUCGUGCCACGCAACAGUCAUACAGAACACGGAAAGGGGAUCCAUCGCCAAAUCGCGAUAAAGUUCGCUAAAACUAGCGAAAAAUGUCGCUAAUUUCUCAGCCUGCACAAAAAUUACCUAGA